UUUCUUUUUCCUUCAUUUGCAAUGUGCUGCAGAGUGGAAGAAUGCUAAUACAAAAUGCAGAGUGUUUCCAGGAUUAGAAAACAGCUAAUGGAUAAGGAUGGUGGAUAAGAUAGUGGACCAGCUGCAGCAGUUUGUUCAGAGCUACGAUCUGGCUGCCCUGCGGGAUUACUGGAGUUAUCUGGACCGACGCCUUUUCAGCCGUUUGGAAGACGUGUAUCGGCCAACAGUCAACAAGCUCAAAACCAGUUUAUUCCGCUACUACCUUGUCCAUGCUAUUCAGAAUGGCCGCAAUGACAAGGCGCAAGAGUUUUUCCUCAAGCAGGCCUCCGAGCUCCAGAACCAGGCAGAGUGGAAGGAUUGGUUUGUCCUGCCCUUCCUCCCUGCUCCAGACUCCAACCCCACCUUUGCUACCUAUUUCUCACGCCAGUGGGCAGAUACGUUCAUUGUGUCUCUGCACAACUUCCUGAGCGUCUUAUUUCAGUGCAUGCCAGUUCCAGUCAUACUGAACUUUGAAGCUGAAUGUCUCAGGAGCAGUCUCAUACAAGAGGAAAAUGAAUCGUUGCGGCAUAAGCUGUUUGCUCUGCAGGCUGAGUCCUCCCGCAUGAAGAAAGAGGAACUGGAGGUGGAACAAACAGUUAUGCAUCACAAGUUGCCUGCAUAUGUGGCCAACAUGGAUCGACUAGGGGACUCUGAACUUGAUAUGACCUGCAAUCAGAGGAGUACAGCACAUUCUCUUCAGUCCCGGGGAGGCUUUCUGUCCUCUUUUCUCUCCCAAAGUAAAAAGGGCCCUUCCAGACCAGCCCAUUCCAGUGGGGCUUCUUCAAUGCAGACUGGCAGUAUGCUGCUAGGGAAGAAAGAGCCCACAAAUCACCAGAGUGCCAAAGGAAAAGAAGGAACAGUGAGCUGUAAGGACGGGAAGAGCCACUUCAGUGGUUUAGGGGCAGGCGAGUCCAGUUCCCUGCAGCAGCGGCAGAAGCGCUUGCAAGAGCAUGGGAAAGAAAGGAAGGAACUGUUGUCAAAAGGGACCUUCCAGGAUUUCUUCCUUCAGGGCCAAAGUGCUGAGAAGAAAACAGAUACUAACAUAGCUGAGGCAGAACCGUGCUCAGAGCUGCAUGCUGAGCAAACAGAGACUUCAACCAAAAUGCCUGGCAGCAGUGCAGAGGCUGUGGGGGUUCGGCAGGAACAGCCUUUCAUCGUCCUGAGCCAGGAGGAGUAUGGGGAGCACCAUUCAUCCAUCAUGUACUGCAGGGUUGAUUGUUCUGGACGGAGGGUGGCCAGCUUGGAUGUGGAUGGGGUCAUCAAAGUCUGGUCUUUUAACCCCAUAAUGCAAACAAAAGCUUCAUCCAUUUCCAAAUCUCCAUUGCUGUCCCUGGAAUGGGCCACCAAGCGCGAUCGGCUGCUAUUGCUUGGCAGUGGGGUUGGGACGGUUCGUCUUUAUGACACAGAAGCAAAGAAGAAUCUCUGUGAAAUCAGCAUUGAUGAAGACAUGCCCAGGAUCCUCUCGCUUGCCUGCAGCCCAAGUGGCGCCUCCUUCGUCUGCUCUGCAGCAGCCCAGAGCCUCGUCUCCCACAUUGACUUCUCAGCAAUCAACUCUGGGGGCAAAAGCAUGAACCAAGUUCCUGGGAAGCUGCUACUGUGGGACACUAAGACAAUGAAGCAGCAGCUGCAGUUCUCCCUGGAGCCUGAGCCCAUUGCUAUUAACUGCACAGCCUUCAACCACAACGGCAACCUUCUGGUCACCGGGGCUGCAGAUGGGAUUGUUCGUCUCUUUGAUAUGCAGCAACAUGAGUGCGCCAUGAGCUGGAAGGCACACGAUGGGGAAGUCUACUCCGUCGAGUUCAGCUAUGAUGAGAACACAGUCUACAGCAUAGGCGAGGAUGGCAAGUUUAUUCAAUGGAAUAUCCAUAAAAGUGGAUUGAAGGUGUCUGAGUAUGACCUUCCCAGGGAAGCUACAGGUCCUUUUAUUCUGUCUGGGUACAGUGGCUACAAGCAAGUCCAGUUCCCAAGAGGACGGCUUUUUGCUUUUGACUCUGAGGGCAAUUACAUGUUGACGUGUUCUUCUACUGGGGGAGUAAUUUUUAAGUUAAAUGGUGAGGAAAAGGUUCUGGAGAGCUGCCUUUCCCUGGGAGGACACCGAGCUCCUGUUGUCACAGUGGAUUGGAGCACAGCCAUGGACUGCGGGACCUGCCUCACUGCUUCUAUGGAUGGGAAAAUUAAAUUAACAACCUUACUGGCUCAAAAGUCUUAACCUGGACACUACUGAAGGGGGAAAGCGCAAUAGACUUGACAAAACCAGUGUUAACUCACAGGAACAAACUGCAUGGGAGAGAAGGCAAAGCAAAGUCCCUCUUCUCAUUGUAGCUUUUGCCUCUUGAUAAAUAUGUUUGCCAAACCACUGUGCAACAGAAUGCCAGUAUGGACCUGGAUCAGUGGCAGCACUGAAAAAUAAGUCUCCACUAAUCCAUUGUGGCAGCUGGACUUCCCUCUGUUAGGGAGUCUUGAGUAGCACGUGGCUAAAAGGCUGUGGUCACGUCAGGGUUCUGCAGAAGAAGGUGAGGCUGGAGGAAGCAGGCAUGAGGCAGCACAGUGCAUGAUGACUCAAACUGGAAAGGCUGAUAAGAAACCAGAGUGCUCUCUGGGUAUAACAUUUGUUGUUAUGAUUUUGUUAGUUUGUUUUUAUUUGUUUUUUUCCAUAAAAAGAAAAUAUUCCCUUGC